CGCGCAAUGUCGAAUGAGCAACUGACAGCAUGUUAUAUCAUUCAUUACCUUAUACAAGAUAAAAGCCCGGGCCUAUAUAUAAAUCGAGAGAUUGGAGAUUUCAGGGGUCAUGGCUCACGCCCACCGGGCUCAACCUCGGUAUGCACUUCAUCUGCUUCUAUCCGCCCAUUUUCAAGCACGAUGAACUCAUACCGUUUCUUUUGGCUUGUGAUCACCUCCUUUUAACUGCUCCUUUUACCUAUUAUUCGAAGCAGUAGUGUCUGCCAAGACCAGACAAGCUUUUUAGUAGACGGGAACCACGCCCCUUCAAUAUUGUAUUUUCUUCAACCUUUCCUGAUGCAUCUUCUGUCCGAAUCCACUUCUCUGACAACAGCCAUGUCCACAGCAUGCAGGACUCAUAUGAUGAUGGUGUCCUAUACUGGAAUAUCCCGUCCUGCGGGGAAUGUUUAUGGCGAAAUAGCUCUUAUAUAAUGACUACUGCGAAGUCUUUUUUCCAGGUAUUACAAGACAUAAUAUAAGGGGUGUGAUCGACUCACCUCAUUCCCUCAUUUGCACCUCACACUCGGCUCUCCGUCACUGUCUUUACCAUUUGAAUAUAUUAAGAGAGCCGUAACAUUCGUUCAUUACACUACAAAAUGAAGUUCUCGGCUAUUGCGCUAUUUGCGGCUUUCGCUAUAGCCUCUCCUCUUAACAAUGCCGUUGCACGCAAUAGUAUUGCUCGAAGACAGGCCGCUGAGGCAUGCACCAUCGGCUACUGCACCCAGAACGGCGGAACGACAGGUGGCGCCGCGGGUAAGACCGUGACCGUGACCGAUGUCGAUAGCCUCACCAAAGCAGCUAAGCAAGAAGGCCCUCUUACUAUCAUCGUCUCUGGCGCCAUCUCCGGCUCUGCCAAAGUACGCGUCUCCGCCGACAAGACCAUCUACGGAGAGAAGGGUAGUUCUCUCACCGGUGUCGGUCUAUACAUCCGCAGAGUUAAUAAUGUUAUUGUCCGUAACAUGAAGAUCUCCAAGGUCCUAGCUAAGAACGGCGACGCCAUCGGUAUCGAUGCAUCAUCAAACGUCUGGGUCGACCAUUGCGACCUGUCCGGUGACCUAAACCUCGGCAAGGACGAUCUUGACGGACUCCUCGAUAUCUCGCACGGAUCUGAGUGGGUUACCGUGUCCAACACAUACUUGCAUGACCACUGGAAGGCGUCGUUGAUCGGGCACUCGGACAGCAACGCCAAGGAGGAUCAAGGCGCCCUUCACGUCACUUACGCCGGCAACCACUUCUUCAAUACGUACAGUCGGGCACCGCUCAUCCGCUUCGCAACCGUGCACAUCGUCAACACAUUCUGGGACUCAUUGAUCGGAAGCGGUGUCAAUACCCGGAUGGGCGCUCAAGUUCUGAUUCAAAGCUCUGCCUUCAAGAAUAGCGCCAAGAAUGCCGUCUUCUUCGCCGAUUCUAAGGAAACCGGCUUUGCCGUCCUCGACGAUGUCAAUCUCGGAGGCUCGGAGAACUCGGCACCAGCCGGCACGCUGAAGGCUAGUUCGCUGCCGUACCCCCCUAUCAAGGUGCUGGGUUCCGCUGCCGUUGCCAGUGCCGUGCCCCGUACUGCCGGACAGAAAUUGUAAUGGAUUUAUAUAUUUAUUAAUUAUAGUAAAUAUACUUAUUAAUUAUAGUAAAUAUACUUACUAGUUAUAGUAAAU